GGGGGGGGGGGGAAGAAGGCUACCCCUGAACCUCAACGGUCAACCCACCACCAUGACGUUGGAGCCGUCGAGCCUCGGGUCUCUGACGACCACAUUCACUCCUCCUGCCCGCUGUACCGACCUGAACGACAUUUACAACAUUUACUCUGACGUGGGGCCAGAUAUCGGCGCCUACCAGCUUCAAGGUCCCAUCGAUAUUCGCAACUGCUACCCCCCCGAUUACAACCCCCUCCGCAGCGCCUAUUUCUCUCCGGGGAUCUGCCCCGAGGGCUUCACUAUCGCAUGUUCACGGUUCAAUUCCGUCGGCGCCGUGACCGAGACGGUCCAUACCUGCUGCCCGACGGGAAUCCGUCACCAGUGCAUCACCGACCCGGUUCGCCGUCUGCACUCAACUCUCAUCUGCCAGUCUUCCCUAACAGGCGCCGGUGGCCUCUGGACCAUCGACCCCAUAACACAAAUCUCCGGCGGCGAGACCACGGUGACGACGCUUGUGGGCAGGAAUGGGGGCCCGGCCAUCAAUGCGUACGGUGUCGAGGUGCGGUUUCAAUCAACCGAUUUCGUCUCAACCGAGAGUAGCGUUACAACCAGCGCCGAGAGCAGCAGUGCCCCCUCUUCGAGCCAACCGCCAGAGACGGCCGAAUCUUCGUCAGCCCCCACACCGUCCGAGACGGGAACUAGCGGCGACAGCGGAGGUGAGGGUCUCGGCACGGGCGCAAUUGCGGGCAUCGCAGUCGGUGCUGCAGCGGGCGGCAUAUUGCUAGGGGCUUUGCUCAUAUGGCUCUGGUUCCGGCGGCGACGUCGCGGACGGGCCGCAGCCGACGCUGAUGCCUUACCACCAGGCGGUAUGGUCGAGGCAAAACCCGGUCCGAAGCCCCUCCCACACGAGCUGCCCGGACACCAGCAGCACGAGUUACCUGCGGCGAAUGACGGAUCGAGGCACUGGCGCGAGUUCAAAACGUCGCCCGGCCACAACUCGACUGCCCAUUCAUACUAUUCGCCCCCAAUACAAUCCGCAACACCGCCGGUGGAAUUGGACGGCACGGGGUCAUCGGUGAGACGGUAGUGACGGCAUUUCGAGCCAAUGGUGUUGGGAAGAGAACAAGCUGAGGAUCACACAAGCUUGAUCCGAUCAAGAAAGAAGAAUAAGGG